AUGGUAAUAAAUAGUGAUCAGAACUCUUUGAGUAUACGGGAUGUGAUAAAUCUACGACAUCAACUUCCUCGAUAUUCAUGUGGUAUAAAAAAGCUGAACGCGUCUCUAUAUGAAGGAUGUGGAUUCAGAAGUGGGUUAAUUUAUGAUUUGAACUGUGUCCCUGGAAAUGUCGGAAAGUGGGAACUUAUUUUCAGGAUAAUUCUGGAGUGUCUGCAAUCAGAAACCUCAUCUGCAACUAAAAAAGUAUUGGUGGUACAAACUUUUGAUCAGAUUCCAUGGUUCAAGCUAAGGAAAUCAAGCCAUUUUCAUGAGCGGUUUGUUAAUCAUAUUCAGGUGGUUCAGGUACAAACAUUAUCCCAGCUCAUUGUUUUCUUACAAAAUAGUGAUUUCUCCAAAUUUAAAAUGGUUCUUAUAGAUGGCUUUCAGGACCUAUACAGGAUGAAUCGAAUAGAAAUUCAAAAGCAGAUAAAUCGAAAUAGGAAAAGAAGACGGAAAAGUACAUUGACAAAUAAUAUGUAUACUGGACCAAUUCAAAAGUUAUACCGUGUAAUGGAGGACAUAGUUGUCACACUUGCAUCGAUCGCAUCGAAAUAUCAACUUGUAAUCAUUACUACCGGAAAGUGUGAUGUUUUUAAUCAACGAAUUCGCCAGGAAGAGUUAAAUACUGAGAGUAACAGUGAAGAGUGUUCGGAUACGGACUCAUCGACGUCUUCUGAUGGGCAGAGAACUCCAGAGUUCUUUAUUCAGCGUAUUUUAGUGCCGGCGGUAUCCCUUCAGGAUCAUGUUUCCGAGUUGUAUACCAACAGAAUCAUACUUUACAACGAUUGGAUUCGUCAAGUAUCCCCUGAUGGACCAGUAACAACUGGUCUUGACAAAACAACUUCAAUCAAAAAGUAUAUCGAAUUGCUUAAUGGCGGUCGGAUGAAAAGUGCUCCUCAUUUUCUGAUAGCAUCUUGUGGUCCAAGUAAAUCUGCCAAUCAACGAUUCACCGAGGGUUGGUUCAAAAUUGAUACUGUAACAUUUGAUAUCAUUGAUGUCGAUAACGUAGAGAAUGUGCUGCCAUCGACAUCAAUAAUCGGCCAUCAGCCCUUAGAAACGGAUGAAAUUGCAGAUUCGCAAUGA